CAGUGGGAGGAAUAGUGCCCCAUCAUUGGUGUCAGUGGGAGGAAUGGUGCCCCAUCAUUGGUGCCAGUGGGAGGAAUAAUGCCCCAUCAUUAGUAUCAGUGACACCAAUGAUGGGGCACUAUUCCUCCCACUGACACCAAUGACACUUGCUGACUCCUGUUCUAGAAACCCUUACAAAAAUGAAUUAAUUCCUCCUAAUGACACCAAUGAUGGAACACAAUUCCUUCCAACGACACCAACGAUGGGACAUAAUUUUUCCCAAUGACACCAAUAUACCAAUAAUUGUGCUCACUGACAAUGGGCACUCAUGCGGGCUUGCUCUCAAGCCCUUCUGUGUGUGGGACUCAGGUCUGCUCCCU